UUCUUCAAACAAAAUUGAAUCUAAAUUCCCUCAAGGUGUAGUAAUUUUGGUCAGACACAUUAAAGGGAGUCAAAAUGGAGUCAAAUUGGCCAACAAGUCAGAGUGAACAUCAAACUUAAAUACUGGAAUAGAAACUAGAAUUUGGCUCAAAGGGACACAAUUUAAACCACAAACUUAAAAGUGACUCAGCUGAAUGUUUAUACAUUUAGACUGAACUCUCCUGUGAGGUGAUGAGCAUGAGCUGUUUCCAUCUACAGCAUGAGUCAGCCUUAAUCUGAAAUUAACAGAGAGCGGCCUACAGACCUGAGCUGUUUCCUCAUGAUUCCUGAUCAGUGAUGAAUUUCACAUCAGAAGCUGCUCCUGGCUGGUCUGGACAUGCGCAGAGGCCUCUCUCACGCUGACUGAGAGGGCAGGAGGGUCCCAGGAAGCUGAGGGGACAUGUCUCAGGUUCCCAAUUUUCAGUGUGUGUGUGUGUGUGUGUGUGUGUGUGUGUGUGUGAGACGUCACAGGGUGUAUCCAGCAUGGGAUAAAAUUAGGCCGGGGCAGCCUUAUACUGCUGACAGAGCUGUGAAGGCCAAAAAAAGCCUGGGGUGCAAGCCAACGGUGGAAGCUCAAGGAAGAGAGGGGAGCAAGAAGGACCGCCGCCGAAAUGGCCUCCAAACUCAUGGAUCUGGUGUAUUGGAGGAACAUACGGUGGACCGGUGUGGUAUUUACUGGGCUGGUGAUGUGCCUGGCCAGUCUCUUCCAGCUGAGCGCCAUCACUGUGCUCUCACACGUGUGCUUGGGCAUCAUGUGCAUCACCGCCACGCUGCGUCUUUACUAUAAACUACUGGAAGUGCUGCGCUGGAACCCUGGCGUUCACCCCUUUCAGUCGUAUUUGGAUUACGACAGCUCUCUGACCGAUAAGGAGACGGUGAUGCUGGUCGAAGAGGUGGUGCUGCUGGUUGCCUUCGCCGUCACAGAGAUUAAACGCCUUCUCUUCAUCGAGAACGUGAUAGACUCUAUUAAGUUUUUGUUGCUCCUCUAUCUGCUGACGUAUGUGGGCAUCGCCACCAAUGGGCUGACUCUGAUCAUAGCUGCUGUGAUUGCCAUUUUCUCCCUUCCUCUGUUAUACAAAAAACAACAGGUCCGGAUAAGGAAGGUUGUCAGAGCGCUCAGAGCGUUUGUGAAGAAAAUCAGAAAUCUGUUUGACAGUUUGUAUGAGAUGGUGAGACCCUCUUCUGCCCCUGCCUCCAAACCUGCACCCCCAGCUGCUCCCGCCAUCAAACAGAAACCCAAGUCGAAGUAACUUUUUGGUUGCACACUGAAGGAAUUUGGGAUUUAGAAAACGUUCGUGCUCUGUGGGGCCGCCGGUGGGGCUGCUCAUUUCCAUCUCUCCACUGUGAUUGUUUAUGGGAGCAAGAUUUAAUUGAUGCCGACAGCAGAAACAAAGCUGCCAUUCACACACAGAGAGGGACGGGCAGAGGAUGAAGUGGGAAAUGUUAUUUACUGAGAUGCUCUCUGUGGGCAACUUUAAUGUUACCAGUUUGCACGGUCAUUUUCUACAAAUGGUGACAACAUAUACCUUCAUAUACAUAUAUACAGGUUACUUAUUAUCAAGCUCUAAACUUAAGUUUAAACAACUUUGGAAGCACUUAAUAAAAAAGGAAACUAAUCACACUUUGCUUAGUUAGCAAACUUAUUUUAAUCAGGCUCUUUUUUUCUUGCUUUCAUAAUUUUUUAUAUUAAGGGUUAAUGUAAAGCAAUGAUUUUCAGUUAAAGCACUAAAUCCGAGGGAUCAGAUUAAUUAAUUUUGUUUAGAAAAGUGAACUUUAUCACUUCUGCUGUAACUUGUAGUUCAACGUUUGAACACCAGGAGGCAGUGCUGAAAACAAUGCUGACGGUCAGAUCAAUAUAAGUACUAGCUCUGACUUACCGGAUAAUUACGUGAGCAACAACAAACAAACAAAACUGCCUGUCGAGAACAUCUCAGUAAACAAACAAAUCCACUUACACAAGACUUUACAUUUUAUAUAAUUCUAAUUCCUGGUGCAAGAUCACUUCAUGUGAAUAUAUUUAUACUUCUAAUGAAGUUGAUUCCAUGAAUAACCCACAGAAACCUUCCAGAAGAAGGACUAAAAUUGUUUAAGAUUUUUUUUUUUAAGAAACAACAAUGCUGCUUUAGUGAGCUGCACUCAUGCUUUCUGAUCUCGACCAUCCGGAUUUGUGGCGCCCCACUGGAGCCCCACAGAUCCGGCUGGAUACCAUCUUGGGUCUCAAAACGCCAAAGUCUUGAACUGUUUCACAUUUUGUCACGUUACAACCUCAGAGUUUGGCUUAUUUUGUUAGGAUUUUGUGAGACAGACCAACACCAAUUAGUGCAUAAUUGCGAAGUUGAAGGAAAACCAUACAAAGUCUUACAUGAAACCAGCAUUGAAUGGAAAAUGUAAACUCCAUCUCAAGGGUUACGCAUGUUGGUGGCAGCAUAAUGAUGUGGGAGUCCAGGGUGAGAUCUAAAAUGGAUUUGUUCAAAUCACAGCAUAUCCAUGAGUUAGAAUGACUUGUUGAGAAUCUGUGGUAAGACUUGAAAAGCCCUGUUAACAGAUGGUUUUUUUUUGUCCAAUCUGGUUGAGCAAAAAAUGCAAAAAAUUUUGUUUCCUUUAUUUUGGGAGCUGAGGUGAAAUUUGAGUGACAAUUUGUAUUUGUCAACUAUUUUAAAAACCUCCUUCCACUUCAAAGUAAUGCACUAUAGUUUCUACUGAUCUCUAACGUACUGUAAAACACAUCGACUCUUGUGACCUGGAAAUUUUCACCCGUCUAAGGGUUACACUCACUUUUAAAUCUGGUACAUGUGGGGACUUUUCUUACUGACAGCUAGCUGCCAACACUGAGCCAGUGUGUGGGUAUUUCAGUGCAAUUUCCUCGCCAGAAACCUGCUUUAUGCAUAUCAAAUCAAUGUGAAAACGAGGCUGCACUCAAACUGUUGUGUCUUAAUGAGCUUAAAUUACAUACAGUGUGUAGCAUAUAUCUACAUAUAUUCAUAUGUACUGCAUUCACUUGUUUUUUUUUCUGUCAUCACUUGUGAUGUGGGGAUCUAGAUCUGCAGACAUUUCGGCUCUCGGUGUUUUCACUCGUCUCGUUUUCCCCCUCAGCGCUUUCCAUUCAACCUGCAUUUUCUUCACUUUUGGUGCCAUGGAGUAAAUAGAAAGUUCUGAAAGUCUGUUCGUGUUAAAUUGGUCUAAGUGGCCAUCGGUUUUAAUAAAUGUACAAUUAUAUACUGUAAAACUUAGUCGUGAGUUUAUAACAGUUUAAUCACUGCAGAUGUCAUCGCUGAUGUGACUUUUUUGUUUUUGGUUUACAAUAUUUCUAUUGGUACUUACUAUUUGUAUUAUUUCCUAUUGGAAUGUUGCUCCCUAAUAAAAAAGAAAAGUAUUUGCUAUACUAGUGUGUUGUGCCUGUAAAAAAUUCAACAUGGGUCGCUGGAGCUCAGCUUUUUGUAGUAAUUUCUGUGUUUAAAAGAAUUGCACCUCAAGCUCAGAAUAAAUCUAGCUCUAAUUAUUAAUGCAAAAAUAGGAAAGAAAAAUUACAGAAAAUAUGCAAUUUGCCUUCAUUUAAAGCUGCAGAAGCACAUUUAACCACUAGGUGUCAAUCUUGGAAAGGUGCUACUGGGCCGGAGCUGUGAGUGAUCUAAGAUAACACACAAUUCACACCAAACACUUUUAACAUGAUUUCAUUGCAGCUUCUAGCUCAUUAUUAGUAAAUGACCCUUUUUAAACUGUUCCCAGUAUUUAAUAAUAAAAACAUCCCUUUGUCUGGGAGCCACGGUAAUGUGUCGGUGACCUUGAGAUAUUGUUUCUUUUUAGAAGAGGAAAAAGAAAGAAAAUAAAACUAGCGUCAAUUCACGCUCUCUUUCAUAUCUUCAAGGGCAGCUUCUCUUAUUGCCUUAAAUCGUGACUCAGAGCUUCCAUUUGUCAGUGUUUACUUAAAAAGCUCACUGAACACGCUCAUGUGGAGCCGCUUGACGUUUCACAGCAGUUCAAAAUCAAUCCCUUUUUUGACUGUUUUCUCUCUUUCCAUGCUGUGUUUGUGAUUUUCGUGCGUCACAAUGAGACCCGACUGGCAAAAAUGUGCAUUUUAAUACAUGCAAAUACAUCACACAGGAACACAGGUUAUAUUCAGCGCUUCACAGUGGAUUAUGUCAUUGUUACAGUGGUCAGUAAGACCCCCCAAACGGCACUUGGACAGGUUAGUUAUUUCGAAGAACGGCACAUUAAAACUCAAACUCUGAUUCACUUUAACUAUAGAUUCCUACACAGCUCUAGUCACACCUAUAGUGUCUGAUAAGUAAAAGGUUAGGUUUAAAAUAGGACCACAUUUUAUCACAUUGCAACAAACUUCAAUGUAUUUUAAUGAGAUUAAAAUACAUUAAGACAACCAUAGUAGCUCAUAAUUAUUAAAAAUAAAAGUUAAAGUGAAGCAUGGUUUUUCUUAUUUUUCACUAAUGAAACUCACAAUUGUCAUCUUGACAAUUGUUGAA